AUGGGUGUCACGGGCCUCUGGACAGUCGUGCAGCCCUGCGCUCGCCCUAUCAAACUUGAAACGCUCAACAAGAGGCGACUGGCUGUCGACGCGUCGAUCUGGAUUUAUCAAUUUCUGAAAGCUGUCCGAGAUAAAGAAGGCAAUGCGCUUCGAAAUUCCCACAUCGUUGGAUUCUUUCGCCGUAUAUGCAAGCUACUGUAUUUCGGAAUCCGACCAGUCUUCGUCUUCGAUGGCGGGGCACCGGUUAUGAAAAGACAGACUAUUGCUGGGCGAAAGAAGAGACGCGAGGGUCAUAGAGAAGAUGCCGUGAGGACUGCAGGAAAGUUGCUCGCGGUACAAAUGCAACGCAGUGCAGAAGAAGAGGAGACUCGUCGACGCAAUAAGACUCAGAGACAAGAGGAAGAUGUGCCGGAUGUUCCCGUCUAUGUAGACGAGGCUUUCAUGACAGAGACAGAAAAGCAACAAAGUCGCAAGUUCAAGAAGAAGGACGCGUACCACCUACCUAAUCUGGACGUCUCGCUUCAAGAAAUGGGUGCACCAAACGAUCCACGCAUAAUGUCUCAAGAGGAAUUGGAGGAUUACGCCAGACAGUUUCACCAGGGUCAAGACAUCAAUCUUUACGAUUUUUCUAAAAUCGACUUCGACGGUCCAUUUUUCCUUAGUCUGCCCGCCACUGAUCGCUACAAUAUCUUGAACGCAGCGAGGCUAAGGAGCCGGCUUAGAAUGGGUUAUUCGAAAGAGCAACUAGAUACCAUGUUCCCCAACCGCAUGGAGUUCUCAAGGUUCCAAAUCGACAGAGUCGCAGAACGUAAUGACCUGACGCAACGAUUAAUGAAUAUAAACGGCAUGAAUGGAGAAGAAGCAUUCUACAAUUCAGGACAGCGUAUCGCAGGAGAACGCGGCAGAGAAUACGUGCUUGUCAAGGAUCGUGAGCAUGAAGGUGGCUGGGUCCUGGGUGUUGUGGGAAAUAGGGAAGGGCACGAGGAGAGGCCCAUUGAUCUAGAUCGACCUGAGGUUUUAUCUGAUGAGGAUGAAGUGUCGGACGAAGAUAUCUUCGAGGAUGUUCCAAUCGAGGGUCUGAAUCGACUUCCCAAGCUUCCUUUCCUUCGAGACGGUGUAUUUGACCAAGCGCUCCAAUUACAAACGGAUGAAAAUCUCGACAUGAGCAGGGCCAUACGCGAAUCGCGUCAAGCGGCACAGCGACAGUCAGUGAACGAACGCCGUGUACAUGACGCUGAAGAUGACUCCCUGUUCGUUGAAACCGAGGGUAAUAUUGCUGUACAACAGCAGAACAACGACACCGAUGAUUUUUUCGCUGGCGAUGACGAUGACCUCGAACGAGCUAUCGCCCUUUCUUUGCAACCAGAUACAGAAAAUGGCAUAAAUAUGCCUGAUAUUCCCACAAGCCGACCAGUUGAAUCAGCUCCGUCUUAUGAGAUGAUGCCAGAGCCUGAUUCUGAGAGUGAUGAUGGCAUGGAUUUCACCGCCGCUGUAGCAAGAACAAAAGUCACGAAGAAAGCCUCCCAUGUAUCAAAUCCUUUCAGUGGUCCCCUCCCUUUCGAACCCAUCAAACUCACCAAAGUCGCCAAAGAUAAUACAAAGGCUGGCGAAGUUGCUGAGAAUGCAGGUGGUUUCGUCAAGGAAUCUGCAAAGAAGCCAAAACAGGCAGAUCCACUUCCUCCAUGGUUUGUUGGUGAGCGCUCAAAUACGGGAUUCAUUGUCGAUCCCGCCGAAGACCCCAACAAGGAAGAUGAGCAAUUGGCCGCGCCAGAUCAUCUAUUUCUCUCCAAUCGUCGCUCCCCAGACAUAAUCGACGUUGAUAAUAUUUCCAACAAAAUGUCCGUCACGAAGGAAAUCAUCGAUCUUGAAGACGAGGAACAAACGAAGGAUGAAAUACAAGACAGCAAGAUCGAGAAUAUCUCACAGGCGGAGGAAAUUAGAAAGAUCUAUGAUGAGCUUUCUACAAGCAUUGAUGAGAAGCCCUUGAUACCAGCUCAAGUUCAUACCGAUACAAAUCUCAACGACACGGCUCUCACGGGCCCUUUACAAAAUAAGCAAUCAGAGCCCGUCUUUGAUGAGCAGCCUCGCAGUGAACAUUCCCCUUCGCCGGAAUUUGAAGAUGUUGUUCCUCAAAUACCCGCGCAAGGCCCUGAGAUUACUAUUGUAUCUCAUCAAAACCCCCGGCCCAAACUCCAAACCCAGCUUUUUGAAGAGGUCGGCCAUGCGGAAGCUUUUGUGCAGGAUCAAGCCGACUACAGCGACCCGGAGGACGAAGACCUGUUCAAACAGCUCGCAGCUGAAGGUGAGGAGCAUGUGCGGUUUGCCAAUACUCUUAAUGCUGCUGCUCCCACUCAGGAAGCGUUUGACUACGAGCAAGAAUUGAAGCAACUAAGAUCCCAGCAAAGAAAUGAGCGACGUGAUGCGGACGAGGUGACCACCAUCAUGAUCAAUGAGUGUCAACAGCUCUUGACGCUCUUUGGAUUGCCUUACAUCACCGCCCCUAUGGAAGCCGAAGCGCAGUGCGCCAAAUUAGUCUCGCUAGGCCUUGUGGACGGGAUCGUCACAGAUGAUAGCGAUAUUUUCCUCUUCGGAGGGACUCGAGUGUACAAAAAUAUGUUCAACCAAAGUAAAUUUGUGGAGUGCUAUUUGACGUCAGACUUGGAGAAAGAGUACGCCCUCCACCGACGCAAGCUGAUUAGCUUUGCCCAUCUCUUGGGCAGCGAUUACACCGAGGGGAUUCCCGGAAUUGGUCCCGUCACAGCUCUAGAGAUUCUCACUGAGUUUUCAAGCCUUGAAGAGUUCCGCGAUUGGUGGACGGAACUGCAGAUGGGCACGAAUAACCAAGAAGAUGUACAUCUUGCCUUCCGGAAGAAAUUCCGAAAGAAAGCAUCCAAGAUUUUCUUGCCACCUUCAUUCCCUGAUAACAAAGUCGAUGAAGCAUAUCUGGAACCCGAGGUCGAUGCCGACCCUUCUCAGUUCCAAUGGGGUGUACCUGAUCUCAAUGGCUUACGAAACUUUCUCAUGGCGACAAUUGGCUGGAGCCAAGAGCGGACUGAUGAAGUACUAGUGCCAGUCAUUCGCGACAUGAACAGACGAGAGCAAGAAGGGACACAGUCCAACAUCACACAAUUCAUGUCAGGUCCGCAAGGUGCAGGUGCUUUUGCACCUCGUUCUCGUACAGGCGGCCCUAGUCGAAUGGAAAAGGCAUUUAGUCGACUACGCCAAGAAGCUCAGACCGGUGGGAACCUACCAGAUCCCGAGUCGAUUGUCGAAGAUGAAGCAGACGCCUCUGUUUCACAAACCAGAGGCAAAAGAGAUGCAUCAGCCAGUAAGCCUAAGGCGGGCACGAACAAGAAGCGAAAGACUCGUCGCACAGACUCUCAUGAAUCAUGA